UGCGUCGCGUUAGCCGUGUAGCGUCACUGUGGCGUGGUGCGUCGCGUUAGCCGUGUAGCGUCACUGUGGCGUGGUGCGUCGCGUUAGCCGCGUUAGCCGUGUAGCGGGGCUGGUGUAGCGGUGUCGGAGCACUCGCGAAAUAUCGACGCAGAUCGACAUUCAUGAGAGGAUUGUGUUAAUGCUCUGUGUUAUGUCUGUGAAGAGCCCAUCAGACCUGCUCAAUGAAAACACCUACAUCCCACCUUCACUGACCCUUGACCUCUGCUUAUCACAUGAAAGAAAUUUGGGCCUGACAGAUACUCGUGGGUCAAAUUCUUUCUCUCUAAAGAGUCAACAUAAUUACGGCAGCACAAGCUCCAUUCAGCCCCUCAAAGGCAUUAUGGGAGGACUAGAUGAUGAUGAUAUAUCCCUCCGGCACCAGGAAGAUGAAUGGAGCAGAAAUCAGGAGAAUGAGCACAGUCUUCCAGGCUCCGAGAGCAACGCCAAGUGGAUGAAGGAAGAUCAGAAUCAAAUAUGCAAGUUAGCAGAGCAGCAGCAGCAGCAAGACCAGAAUCUUAACCUGGUUGAAAACAAGAAUGAAACCACUGACAGAAACCCAAACCAGAACUCACAGCAGCGCCAUGAAGAGAAGAACAAGACCCUGAAAGCGCUCUGCUCUGACCACAGUUGGGCAGCUGAUGAACCUCUUCUGAUUUACACUCUGAUGGAGAAGAAUCAAGAAAACCAAGAGGAGACAAGAGAAGAGGAAGAGGAAAAUGUAAAUCCCACUAGAGGCGAGAACACCAGUUCAUCUGAGAUUCAGAAGAUAGGAGGUGAAGGUGGUAGCAGAAAUGCUUGUUUGCUGUUCAGUAAGCACGGCAUUCCCAGUGAUGAGGACUCCAGCUGCAUGUCGCUGUCACAGGGAAGCACUGCAAGCAGCACCCCAGAUGGAGAGCCAGGGUCACAUAUACUCUGUGUUAUGUCUGUGAAGAGCCCAUCAGACCUGCUCAAUGAAAACACCUACAUCCCACCUUCACUGACCCUUGACCUCUGCUUAUCACAUGAAAGAAAUUUGGGCCUGACAGAUACUCGUGGGUCAAAUUCUUUCUCUCUAAAGAGUCAACAUAAUUACGGCAGCACAAGCUCCAUUCAGCCCCUCAAAGGCAUUAUGGGAGGACUAGAUGAUGAUGAUAUAUCCCUCCGGCACCAGGAAGAUGAAUGGAGCAGAAAUCAGGAGAAUGAGCACAGUCUUCCAGGCUCCGAGAGCAACGCCAAGUGGAUGAAGGAAGAUCAGAAUCAAAUAUGCAAGUUAGCAGAGCAGCAGCAGCAGCAAGACCAGAAUCUUAACCUGGUUGAAAACAAGAAUGAAACCACUGACAGAAACCCAAACCAGAACUCACAGCAGCGCCAUGAAGAGAAGAACAAGACCCUGAAAGCGCUCUGCUCUGACCACAGUUGGGCAGCUGAUGAACCUCUUCUGAUUUACACUCUGAUGGAGAAGAAUCAAGAAAACCAAGAGGAGACAAGAGAAGAGGAAGAGGAAAAUGUAAAUCCCACUAGAGGCGAGAACACCAGUUCAUCUGAGAUUCAGAAGAUAGGAGGUGAAGGUGGUAGCAGAAAUGCUUGUUUGCUGUUCAGUAAGCACGGCAUUCCCAGUGAUGAGGACUCCAGCUGCAUGUCGCUGUCACAGGGAAGCACUGCAAGCAGCACCCCAGAUGGAGAGCCAGGUGAGUCAUGCAACAUGACAGAUGAUCACAGAAAAAAAAUGGCAAGAGUGCUUACAUGGAGCGGUGUUUCUCAUCCAAACACAUUCAGUGAGGAAGAGCAUUGGCAGAAGGAGGAUGAGGCUUCUGAUGAAAGUCUGAAGGAGUUUGAGGGAGCGACUCUACGUUAUGCCUCCAUCAAUCUCAGUUUUUCUCAGUCUGAGGAGGAAGAGGAACAGACUUAUUUCAGCAGCAAUGAGGGGGCAAAGUGUUUUGCAGUGCACUCUCUGGGCUGGGUGGAGAUAUCAGAAGAGGAGAUGGCUCCUGGAAGGAGUAGUGUUGCCGUUAAUAACUGUAUCCGACAGCUGUCCUACCAGAAACACAAUCUAGAUGACACCGCUGGCAUCUGGGGCGAGGGGAAGGAAAUGCUUCUGGUGCUGGAGAAUGAGACUCUGAACCUGAUCGAGCCUCACGGUCGAACGCUGCUGCACUCUCAGCCGAUCAUCAGCAUUCGCGUGUGGGGAGUCGGACGCGACGAUGGCAGGGAGAGGGACUUUGCAUAUGUGGCACGAGACAAGUUGACUCACAUGCUCAAGUGUCAUGUAUUUCGGUCUGACACCCCUGCAAAGAACAUCGCCACUAGCCUCCAUGACAUCUGCUCUAAGAUAAUGGCCCAAAGGAAGUCGUCCAGCAGACAGAACACCGACCCCUCAAGACUUAGGGACAUCCCUUUCCAGGAGUUCCCAGCUCCCAAGAACGAGCUGGUCCAGCGCUUCCAGGUGCGGUACUUGGGUCGUGUGCCGGUGACAAAGCCAGCUGGCGUGGAUGUGAUUAAUGUAGCAUUGGAGAAUGCUCUUAACAGCAAAGACAAUUGGACACCUGUGACUGUGAACGUGGCGUCCGCUACACUCUCUAUUCUGACUUCUGAGACGGAGGAAGUUCUUUCUGAAUGUCGUGUGCGUUUCCUGUCAUUUAUGGGAGUCGGGAAGGAUGUGCACACGUUUGCGUUCAUAAUGGCAGAGCGACCUGGAGACUUUAUCUGUCACAUGUUCUGGUGUGAUCCAAACGCUGCAAGUCUAAGUGAGGCCGUACAGGCCGCGUGUAUGCUGAGGUAUCAGAAGUGCCUGGACGCUCGGCCCCCCAGCAGUGGCAGCUCUUGUCUGCCCGGCCCGCCUGCUGACUCCGUCGCCCGCAGGGUCGGAUCCAGUGUGAAGAAGGGUGUUCAGAGUCUGCUGGGUAGCUUCAAGAGGUCUGGAUCCCAGACACCCUAAAAAGGAAAACACUUCUUCCGCAGCGCUCACUGCAGAUAUGUGUUUGUCCUGUGUGUGUUUGUAUGGGCCUAAAAUUAGAGGGUCCGUCACAACACUUCAACUGUCCUCCUGCGGUCAGCGUGCAAUAAGAACCAGAGGACACACAAGUUACAUUGCCAGAUAUUCCAUCGUUACACAUUACAUCUUCAUUCGCUUUUUCUGUGUGUGCUUACAUUCGCAGAUGUACUGUAGAGGUGAUUUAGCACUACUGGGUUUGAAUGGGAUUUAGCUAGAUUGGAUUUUCAGUGUAAUCGAUGUUAUGUGGACUACACUCUCUAAUGACACUAAACAUUACGCAUGCUAUCAAAAAACACUAAAAUGAGCUUAUAUACUAUGCAAUGUGCUUUUUUUUAUUUGUUCUUCCUCCUCUGGCUUUGCAUUGUGACGCACUGUGCUAGCUUCGACUGCUUUUCUUCUCUUCUGAAGAAUUGAUCACUCUUCCCCAAACUCAGCAUAGAUGCCGAACCGUGACUGAAAUCAGUAGCAAACCCAGAGUUAGCAACAUCUGUGUGCGGUUUACCCUAAAAACACACUGCCACUGGCAUGUUCCAAACCUGCAUGCAUUCCAGAAGUCUGUUUUUGGCUCCACUGACUUUGACUUUAUGAAAAAAGGUGCAGUUCCACAUAUAUUCGACUUGCCUUGCUUACUGCAAGUCACAAAGCCUUUUCUUUUCUUCCAUUAGAUUUGAUAUUGAUUUUCAUUCAAAAUGAACUGAUAUUACACAUUACUGUACUUUUACCCACUCUGUCAGUUUGUGAAUUUAAUUAGACUAUUUUAUUCAUUUGUAAAAUAGCAUUAACAUAUCCUAGUCUUCCAAAGCGGAUUUGCUCAUUAAGAAAGCCUCGCUUUAAAUGAGCACUUUAUUUCUUUUACAUUUUUGUGCGUGUGUUUUGAUAUGUUGGAUGUCUUUAUCUGGAUGAGAGAGGAUCAUUUUUGUUCAUGAUCAAACACAAACGUAACAUCAGCAGCGUGUUUAACAAAGCAUGUGGCAUACGCUGCUUCUCUCGAGGGUGCUCUGCGUUUGUUCCUGUGCAGUACUGGUGUCACUGAAAAGGUUUUUUCUUUUUUAUCCCUCUUUUAAAUUAUAUAUUGAAGUCUACUGAUUAUCUGCAAAUAUUUAGACGUUCUGUAUUUGGGGGGAAAAUUCCUUGGAAAUGUAUCUAAAAUGCUUUGCAACAAAGAAUGUCUUGCUGUAUGUAGAUUUUUUUUUCUUUCAAAUACAUAUUGUAACAUAUUACCAUGUCUUUUAACUUUUAAGAAUGUGUCGAAAUCAUAAAUAUGUUCUUUGAUUAUUCCAGUUAAUUUACAUACUGAAUGUAAUACACUAAUAGGGCCGGACAGCUCCAUUUUUCAUUCGUUUUUUUGUCCCAUUGUCAUGUCCCAUUGACACACCUGUCGUUAAAGGGAAUUUUUUUAUGCACUUGUUUUUUUGUUUUUUAUUUUAUGUACCUGAAUGCUUCAUCUUGGCCCUGUUUACUCUAAUACUUUGUGUGUAGGUCUAGAUAAUGUAAUGUGAUGCUUAAAAUGCAGUUGUGUUGGUAACACUCUAGAAAAUCUUUAUAGAAGAAUAAGCAUUCAUGUAAAUAUUCUGCAUUACAUCAAGAAAUGGUAGCAAAGAAAAUUUCCUUUUUUUCAAUUAAAUACCAUGAGGGUACUUUAUGUUUGUGUGCCAAAAAGCACAGCUAUAAAAUCACUAGCUUGAAAUGUUACUUCGCUGAUUGGUAAAAUGGUAGAAAUGCUUCAAGCAUAUUUGCUUCUCAAAAUAAGGCAACAUUUUGGCUUUGAUAUUCUGAAAAUGUAAGGUUCACUCCUAUAAACGUUAUCCCUUAUGUGGGAUGUUUUUGCCAUCAUGUUUUUUUUAAGGAGAGUUGAGAAGUUGUUAUUGAAAUGUAAAUUGGAUGUUAUAUAGAUGCAUAUAAUGUGACUUGAUGGAAUAAAAUGUUGAAAAUGCA